AUGGGUGCUACUAAUGCAAAGUAUUUGCACUUGGCUUUACUUGUGUUGUGCACUCUUUAUACUUUGAUGAGUGGUAUUUGCAAUGGGAGGAACAUAGAUGGUAGUAGUUUUGCUGAUCCUAGCCGUUGGAGGUUCGGUGAAGAUAAUAAUGAUGAUUAUUGUUUAUAUAGUAGUUGGAGGGGAUGUGGGAGUUUCUCUGGAAAAGGUGAUAGCAAUUCUAACAGUGACAAAGGUAAUAUUGCAGUUUCUAGUCCAAGUAAAGUGAUCGAUGCUGUUGGAGGUGGAGGAGCAGGUGGUGGUGGGGGUGGUGGCAUUGGUGUGGGGUCAAGACAUGGCAAAGGUUAUGGUGUAGGUGAAGGAAACAAUGGAGUUGGUGCAAUGGGUGGUGGAGGAGGGGGAGGGGGGGGAGGAGGAGGAGAAGGUGGUGGCAUUGGUGGCAAUGGUGAUGGUUACGGUCAUGGUAGUGGUUUUGGUGCUGGGGUAGGGUUUGGUAGUGUUGGAGGUGGUGGUGGUGGAGGAGGAGGUGGUGGUGGUUUUGGUAGUGGAGGGGAGGGUCGAGGUAGUGGUUUUGGUGUGGGUCAGGGUAAUGAAGGACAUAAUGGCGGGGGAGGAGUAGGGAGUGGAGGUGGGACUAGAAAUGGAGUAGGGGGAGGUCGGGGGAGUGGUUUUGGAGCCGGUGGAGGAAUGGGUGGGAUGGGAGGAGGAGGAGGAGGUGGUGGCGGUGGUGAAGCUAAUAUAGAAGGAGGAGAAGGACAAGGUCAUGGUAGUGGUUUUGGCGGGGGUGCAGGUUCAGGGACAAUUGGCAUGGGAGGGGGAGGAGGAGGUGGUGGGGGUGAGGGUGAAGGGGGUGGCAAUAGAGGUCAAGGUUAUGGUAGUGGUUUUGGUGCUGGUGUAGGUAUGGGUGGUAUUGGAGGAGGAAAUGGUGGUGGAGGUGGAGGAGGGGGUGGAGAAGGUAGCAAUGGAGGCAAUGGUCAUGGCUAUGGAAGCGGUUUUGGUGGAGGUACAAGUGGCAUGACGGGAGGAGGAGGAGGAGGAGGUGGUGGUGGUGGAGGUAGCAGUAGAGGAGGUUAUGGCCAUGGCAGUGGAUUUGGUUUUGGCAUGGGUACAAGUGGAGAUGGUACCAACAAAGGCGAGGGGAACAAUCGUGGUGGUAACAAUGGUAUGGGAAUUGGAUUUGGCAUGGGCAUGGGUUUUGGAAUAGGAAGUAAUGGAGUAGAUGUCACCGGUCAUGAUGAUGCCGACAAUCCUUAA